CCAAAAACUGGCGCUCUUUUGCGGUUGGCUUAUCUACAAGUAUACGUUCACCAGAACUUCUUAUUUCUAUUAUAUUUGUGUUCUCCCCCACAAAUCACAAUAAAGUUUUGAUCUUUAAGCAUGCCCACAAUGACGCUCUCUUCAGAGAGUGUUCUGUUGAGAAAAAUGGCAACAAAUGUACCAUCUUUUUCUUCUGUGAAGCCUCUCAGAAUCUCCAAGUUUUCUUGCAUAAACCCAUCUAGCAAGCUCCUUAAUCACAAUUCUUCCAGGUACUUGAGAAUAUGUCGCAACAAUAUGCAUGACGGGAAGUUUGGUCACUUCUUAUGUAAAGUUCCCGAUCAUCUUCAUAUCACUGAGUCCACUGUCACUAAUUCCAGCAGUCACAAUGCUACAAAAUUGAUACAUGAUAUGAAUGGAUGUGCUUCAGACAACAUAGCUUCAGAAAUGAAUUCAUGGAGGGAAAGUGACCCCUUCCUGGACACAUCACUGAACAGUUUCCUCAAGUCUGCACUACUUUGUGGCAUAUUUAUACUUCAAGCCACUGGACAGGCAGCUGCUGCUUCCGAUUUUGACAGUGGAUUACAAUCAAAUUCAUUUUUUGGGGACGUCAGCGACAUUACCACAGGUUUUACUUCAGCUUUCUUGCUGAUAUUUUUCUCUGAACUGGGAGAUAAAACCUUUUUUAUUGCGGCACUUUUAGCGGCCAGAAACUCAUCCGUUAUUGUUUUCCUUGGGACGUUUGGUGCACUUGGGGUGAUGACAGUUAUCUCGGUUGUUCUGGGACGAACUUUCCAUUAUGUUGACGAAAUCCUUCCUUUCAGAUUUGGGGACUCUGAUUUGCCACUUGAUGAUAUUGCUGCUGUCCUACUUCUGGUGUAUUUUGGAGUUUCAACCUUGCUGGAUGCUGCUUCUGGUGAUGGGAUGAAAGCAGAUGAAGAACAAAAGGAGGCAGAAUUAGCUGUUUCAGAUUUCUCAGGGGAUGGUGCUGGGAUUCUGGCGGCUGCUGGCACCAUUGUUAGCACAUUCGUUCUAGUCUUUGUUGCUGAGUGGGGUGAUAAGUCAUUUUUCUCCACGAUUGCACUUGCUGCAGCCUCUUCACCUCUUGGAGUCAUUGGCGGAGCACUUGCUGGUCAUGGAUCUGCAACACUGCUUGCAGUUCUGGGAGGUUCUCUACUGGGGACAUUCUUAUCAGAGAAGGUGAUUGCAUAUGUUGGAGGUUCUCUGUUUCUAGUGUUUGCUGCAGUAACAUUAAUAGAAAUUGUACAUCCAUAACAUCUUCUCUAGUUUAAACUUAUAUUUGCUAUCAUUCUUCUUAGAACACCAAAGAUUCAAUUUUGUAUAAUAUCUUACAUUGUAUUCUUCUCUUUGAAAAUGUAGCUAUUUAUAUACUAUUAAUUUAGAGUUCUCCGGAUACUUCAAACUCA